AUGAAGUUUGGGAAGGAGUUUGCAACACAAAUGGUGCCAGAAUGGCAGCAAGCAUACAUGGAUUAUGAUUAUCUAAAAUCCCUCCUAAAAGAAAUCCAACGCAGCAAGCAAAGACACAAGCCUCCACCAGCUGCCACCACACCGCGCAGUCACCGCCUAAAGCGAAGGCUCACAUUGUACAGAGCCUUCAGUGGUCUCACGUCGCAAAGCCGUCACAGCCAGCAGCAACCCAAAAGCCCAUCCUCCAUAUCCCCUGUCGACAUCGAAAGCCAAGCCAUUCUUGUGAACUCUGUGAGAAGUGAUGGCUCCGAGAGCUACCAGACUACGUUUCUAAUGGCUGCAGAGGAAGGGGGCGUGCAGGAGUUGGAGUAUUUUAGAAAGGUUGAUGAUGAGUUCAAUAAAGUGGACAAGUUUUAUAGGUCAAAGGUGGAUGAGGUGAUGAAGGAAGCCGCUGUGCUCAACAAGCAAAUGGAUGCUUUCAUCGCGUUUCGCAUCAAAGUGGAGAACCCGCAGAGGCCGUUUGAUUGGUCAGUGGAGAUGACUCGUCUUGCUUCCGAUGUUGCUGCUUCAACAGCUGCAUUGGCAGCUUCCACUCCCCGCGGAGUCAGAGCAAGCAGGCGCGCAGCCAUGGCUAUGGAUGUGAUCGAAGAGAGUGUAUCAAAUAGCCAGGAGGAACAUUCUGGUGACGAAGAAAAAGAUGGAAAAAAGACAGAGAAUGUCAAGAUUCAAGAAAAGAAGACAGAGAACAUCAGAGACACUAGACCUGCACCACUGGACAUACUAAAUUAUGUGACAAUGAAUCACACUGUUGAGACUCCGCGUUCGACCAUUAAAGUCUUCCUCAAUGUGCCUCCACAGACAGAGCUCAAGUUCAGCAGAGAUAAUCUGAAGAAAGUUGAAGAACAGCUUAAAGGGGCUUUCAUUGAAUUUUACCGGAAACUUCGGCUUCUAAAGAGCUAUGGCUUCUUGAAUACGUUGGCUUUUUCAAAGAUCAUGAAGAAAUAUGACAAGAUUACUUCAAGAGAUGCAUCAAAACCUUACAUGAAUAUGGUGGAUAACUCCUACCUUGGCAGCUCUGAGGAGGUUACCAAGCUUAUGGAGAGGGUUGAAACUACGUUCAUCAAGCAUUUCUCAAACUCAAAUCGCAGAAAAGGAAUGGCCGUCUUAAGGCCAAAAGCAAAGAUAGAAAGACAUAGGAUAACAUUUGCCAUGGGUUGCUUUGCUGGCUGCACAGCUGCUCUUAUAUUAGCACUUAUUUUGAUGGUGCGUGCUCGCAAUAUUAACAAUGCCAACAAUCCUGAAUUUGACGAAGGAAAAACCCAGUACAUGGAUAACAUGUUUCCCUUAUACAGCUUGUUUGGAUUCAUUUUUCUGCACAUGCUUAUGUAUGCCGGCAACAUAUACUUUUGGAGGCGGUUCAGAGUCAAUUACUCUUUCAUAUUUGGUUUCAAGCAAGGAACUGAGUUAGGCUACAGAGAGGUUCUUCUUCUCAGUUUUGGUCUGGCAGUGCUAGCACUUGCUUCUGUGCUCUCAAAUCUUGACAUGGAGAUGGACCCCAAAACCAAAGAUUACAAAGCGCUAACCGAACUUCUCCCUCUCUUCUUGGUUUUGCUUGUAGUUUUGAUAUUAUUAUGCCCCUUCAACCUCAUAUAUCGUUCAAGUCGCUACUUCUUCCUCGUUUGUCUGUUUCACUGUAUCUGUGCUCCUCUGUAUAAGGUCACACUUCCGGAUUUCUUCUUGGCAGAUCAGUUAACUAGCCAGGUGCAAGCCAUUAGAAGUCUGCAAUUCUACGUUUGCUAUUAUGGUUGGGGAGACUACAAACUCAGACAAAACACUUGCAAAUCACAAGAUGUCUUCAACACUUUCACUUUCAUCGUUGCUUUUAUUCCGUAUUGGUCUCGUCUCCUUCAGUGCCUCCGCCGUUUGGUUGAAGAGAAAGAUCCCAUGCAAGGUUACAAUGGGCUGAAAUAUUUCUUUACAAUAGUAGCCGUUGGCAUGAGGACAGCAUACAAUCUAGAGAGUCUUAAAAAUGAAGUGAACUGGAAAAUUCUUGCUGGGGUUUUCUCAAUUGUUGCAGCAAUCUAUGGAACAUAUUGGGAUCUUGUUGUGGAUUGGGGACUUCUGCAACGCAAUUCCAAGAACCGCUGGUUAAGAGACAAACUCUUGAUCCCUUACAAAAGUGUAUAUUUCGGAGCCAUGGUGUUGAAUGUGUUGCUGAGAUUUGCCUGGUUGCAAACUGUUCUGAAUUUCAAUGUUUCUUUCAUGCAUGGACAAACAAUGGUUGCGGUUGUGGCCAGCUUGGAAAUAAUCCGUCGUGGGAUAUGGAGUUUUUUCAGGUUGGAGAAUGAGCAUCUGAACAACGUUGGCAAGUACAGGGCGUUCAAGUCAGUGCCAUUGCCCUUCAACUAUGAUGAAGACCAAGGCAAGCAUGAGUAA